AUGGAACCUGCAAUUGAUAGAAAUUUUUUAGAGUUCAUAAAAGUUCCCGUGUUCGAAACUUCUAUUAUCCUUCGCAAGAAGAAGGAAAAAAAAAGACACGAGGAAGAAGGAAAAGUCCUAAGUAAUUCUUUUGUCCAUUGGAUUACUAAUGUGGAUAUUUUAUGCACUCGUGUAUCCGAUGGUCACGAUAGUCUUCCUGGGCACCUUUUCGGCUUAAGAGCGGGAGAUACAGUACAGUACAUCAAGGAAAGAGAUAAGAAACCCGGACCAAAUACCCGAAACCUUAAAACCACUAGCUGGGAUGCAUAUGGGAAACAGUUAGAGAGUUUUAGCCCAAUUGAAAAGGAGAUCGACAAUCGUUUUUCACGUAUAGCCCAUACGAUUCGAUGUACUGUGCGCUUCUUCCUUAAACUCGAAGACUCGCCAGAACGGCGGGGCCACACUAUGACGUGGCACCUUUUAAUUGUUUCACGGCCCUCCAUAUAUUAUCACGUUGGACUUGAAGAGGGCCGAAGUGCACUGACCAACGACGCCAACUCAAAAGUCACAGACCAGACCAGACCAGACCUCUGCUGUAUACCGCCAUAG